UAGUUUCCAGGGCUGCGGCUGUAAUUCGCAGCGGGACUUCACUGACAUGUCAGGCGCUGCUGAUUUGUCCGUGAUGUCGUUCCUUAAUCUAAAGUCACCCGUCGGAGCAGCCCGUGGCUCUCGGCGACUACGAAGUGCGCUCGCUCAGCCUUACCCUUCUAGAGAAUCACUGGACGGUUCCUCGUAACCGCGUGCUUUUCCUUCAGAGGAGCCACCGCUCCACAAGCCAAAAUGAAGAAGGAAAAACAAAGUCGGUUCAUCCGGAUAAGGGGCUAACAAAUAAUUACGAGGAAGCCUAGGGUUUUAAUAAAUGAGUUACAAAGUGGUGAAUUGAAGAGAGGAGGGAAUUCAAGAGAGGGAGGGCAGGUAUUUUCAAACGCUUCUUUUUAAACCCAUGGCACUGUAAGGACAGGGGCAGAAAGCUGGACGGCAAGGGGUUCGUCUCUGAAAUCGAGAAGGCAAAAAGACGUCGUAGAGAUUGCAUAAAGUAGAGAGAACUAGAUAAAGAACGGUUGGGAGGUGUCCUUGUAAAACCACAACAGGAACCCAACGUUUAGAGCCUCUCGUCGGCAAAACGGACUUAAACUCGGAACGCAGUUUCCGCGAGUGCAGUUUUCCCGCCGGAGGCUGGGUGUGCGGCAGCCUUCCUCCUGCGCAGGCGCAGUGCCACUUAGAGCGGAUGGAAGCCGUGGGUUUUCUGUGUUUGGCAGCGGCGAUCCUAGCAUGGGGCUUCCUGUGGGUUUGGGACUCCUGGGCAAGAAUGAAGAGUCUGGAGCCGGCUGGCGUCCCGGGAGAUGGAAGCAGGACCCUCCUGGUGAUCGCGCACCCCGACGAUGAAGCCAUGUUCUUUGCUCCCACUGUGCUAGGCUUGGCCCGCCUGAGGCACCGGCUGUCCUUGCUCUGCUUCUCUGCAGGAAAUUACUACAAUCAAGGGGAGGUGCGUAAGAAAGAACUUUUGCAGAGCUGUGAUGUUUUGGGGAUUCCAUCCUCCAGUAUAAUGAUUAUUGACAACAGGGACUUCCCAGAUGACCCAGAUGUGCAGUGGGACACAGAGCGUGUGGCUAGCAUCCUUCUCCAGCACAUAGAUGCGAAUGGCAUCAACCUGGUGGUGACUUUCGAUGCAGGGGGAGUCAGUGGUCACUGCAAUCACGUUGCUCUGUAUGCGGCCGUGAGGACCCUGCACUCAGAAGGGAAAUUACCUAAAGGGUGUUCUGUGCUCACGCUUCAGUCAGUGAAUGUGUUGCGCAAGUAUAUCUCCCUUCUGGACCUGCCCUUUUCUCUGCUUCAUACCCGGGAUGUCCUCUUCGUGCUCACCAGCAAAGAAGUGGCACGGGCCAAGAGAGCCAUGUCCUGCCACCGAAGCCAGCUGCUCUGGUUCCGCCGCCUCUACGUGCUCUGCUCUAGGUACAUGAGAAUCAACUCCCUGCACUUCCUCUGAAGCCUGCACGAGUCUUCUGGGCCAAGGAAUCCACAGGGAGAAGCAAAGCCCGGGAAUCUGGGGCCCGGCCUUGAGCCGGCUGAGCAGCCUGAACCAAAGGAGAGCCCGCUGUGCGCGGGAGGCCUUCCUUCCAGAGCUCUGCGGAUCCGCGGCCGUGCGGGCCAGUGGGUUGUCCCAACGUCGGCUUCUUCCUCCGGGGAAAGACACCCCACAGCAGCCCAAACCAAACCAACCCGAGGACAAUAACAGCUUCCCUGCCAGGUUCUCAAGGGCGGAAAAACGGGCUCCAUAAUGGCACAGUGCAUGUCCGACACCUAGCACAGAGCCUGCUAUGAUUAUAAAUGCUCCUACAAGUGCUCUGAGAUCGCUCCACAGGUGCCACGAUGCUGUAUUUUUAUGUUGUUUCCAAAGCGGGCUCACCACACACACACACGCGCGCGCGCGCGCGCGCACGCACGAAUGGUCUAUAUACUGAAUGAGUUCAACCAUGAUUCCUUUGAUUCACACUGUGGCCUCUGUAUCAGAUUUGAAUCCAGGGGAGGCUUCUCUAUUUAACCUCACUAGUCGUUAAAUUGACUGGGGCUCCCAAAGUCCGACCACGAUGCCCAGCAUUUCCUACUGAGACUAUUAAGAUGUGGGCCCUGCCCCGAAGGAGCUUACAAUCAAAUGUCUCAGUUCCCGGUCCUUUGAGGGAAGCAGGAAAUAGGAAGGGAAAUCUGGAAGUCUUGUGUGGGGGGUUUUUUGGUUUUGUUUUUGUUUUCUUUUAACACUCAAAAAACUGAUGUCUUAAAAUUGUGCUACAGACAAAAGCAGUCUGAGGGGUCUGCCUUGGAAGCUACUCCCGUGGUCCAGCUAACAGCCCAGGGAAGUGGCCUGAGGCAGGCAAGCUCAGUGGUCAAGGCACAGGCUUCGCAUACUGGUAUGAGGCCAGAUUUACCAGCCACGUAGCCGCGGACCAGGUGUUUAAACUUUCUCUGACUCAGUUUUCUCGUGCGCAAAAUGGAGCAUAGCCAUGGUACCAACCUGAGAGGAGAUGAAGCCUGGUGGGCGCCCAGUGAAGGGCCUGGCACACAGUCAGGGCUCAGGAAGGAUGAGCUGCUGGUGUUCUGAGAUCUACGGAAUACGCAGGCCUAACGCAGAGGGACUCUCAGAAGUUGAAGUCCCGACACAAAAGGGACCCUGGUAUGUGUUGUCCAGAGAGUAUCCUCUCCGCCCGCUGGAGGAAGGCCUGCAUUGCUGUCUCUAUAGCAACAGGUUAUUUUUUUUUUAAGAUUUUAUUUAUUUAUUCGACAGAGAGAGACACAGCGAGAGAGGGGACACAAGCGGGGCAGAGGGAGAGGGAGAAUCGGACUCCCCGCUGAGCAAGGAGCCCGCCGCGGCACUCUAUAGCAACAGGUUAGAGACCUGCUCUCUCGAAUGCCUCCUAGGGGCCAAAUGGGACUGACCGAGCUAUCAGGCCCUGAAGCUAGAGUCGAAAUGCAAGUCUGGUUAUGUUAUCUGUCUACUGAAAAUCUGUCAAUAGCUCCUAAUGUCUUCUAUAGAAACUGUGAGAAAAAAGCAGCCGCUGAUGCUGGGGGGGGGGGGGGGCGGGGACAAGCUGCCUCCCGUCCUGUUCCUGAGAAGACAGGCACUGGACCAGCCUCUCCAGACUGCAAGUCGCAAUCUGUAUUAAGAGCUUAUAAAAUACCCAAACCCUGUGACCUAAGGAAAUACUUUAAAAAUUAAAAUUAUAAUUAUAUAUACAGACAUUA